AUGACCCUGCGUAACACGAAACAGUUAUUAAGAUUUGCCAUUGCUAAUAGAAAUUUUCUGUGGGAAGUCAAUGGCAGGAGAAAAACAAUGUCAACGUGGGUUACAAAACAAUUCGGUGAUAAUAUGGAGAAAGUUGAAAUGUCAAUCCCCGCUAUUGAGAAACCAAAUGAGCUUCUUCUUAAAGUUAAGGCAGCUAGCGUAAAUCUAAUUGACACUGUAAUGCGAAAAGGAUAUGGACGACAAUUGUGUUCAGCAGUAAAAAAUCUCCGAAAUUGUUCAAUGGAUUCCACAAUACUAUUACCAUUUAUUGGUGGACGUGACUGUAGUGGUGUUGUUGAACAGACUGGUGGAAACGUGAAGAAAUUCAAAAAAUAUGAUGAAGUAAUUGCUGUUGUUGAUCCAUUCAGUUCAGGAACACAUGCAGAAUUUGUAGUGGUAAACGAAUCAAAUUGUGUUUUAAAGCCGACUAACAUAUCGUAUAUUGAUGGUGCCGCAUUCCCAUACACAGCUUGUACCGCUUGGUCAGCACUAGUUUCGGUAGCUCGAAUUAAUCCAUACAAUGCUGCAUCACAACGUGUAUUGAUACACGGUGGUGCUGGUGGUAUAGGAACAACAGCAGUACAAAUGCUUAAAGCGUGGAAUAUUAGCAAGGUGGUAGUAACAUGUUCGAAUGACUGUUUUAAUAUGAUACAAGAACUUGGAGCGAUACCGAUAGAUUACAAGAGUCCAAGGGUUUUGGAAAAGUUAAUCAGUGAAGGACCAUUUGAUGUAGUGUUGGAUUGUGUUCAAUCGGAAUUAGCAGGAUGGAGCAGUAAAGUAAUGGGAUUAUGGCGCAAUAGUGUACAUGUUUCUCUUUUGAGCCCACUUCUCAGUGACACUGAUAGAUAUGGAAUACCAUUUGGAAUUGCUUCAGCUGCUGUAAAGUAUUUCCUGAGAGUAACACUGCCAACAAUUCGACGUGGACAGUGGUAUUCGUAUGCAUUUUUUGCGCCAUAUCCGGAAUGUAUGCAGCAGAUUUCGGAAUUUCUAAAGGAUGGCAAGAUGAAACCAGUGAUUGAUCAAAUUUUUGAAUAUGAUGAACUCCCGAUAGCUUACGAGAAAGUACUGAAGAAAAAAGGAAGAGGCAAAACGAUUAUCAAUUUGAGUGAAAGCUAG